AAACCAAAAGUAUCAUCUAACACACACACACACACACACUUUCUGCAAUGCAUUUCUUCAUCUAAACACAAAAGCAUUGACGAAAAGGUUUGGCGUCUAAACGACAGUUGAAUGAUCACACAAAGGAGACGGUGGGGAAAAUGGGGUCAGAGAGAAAUGAUAACAAGUUAGAGGUCACACAGGUUAGUAUAGGCGGGUUUGAUGAUCAAGUUACUGCAAAGAUGCUUUUGGACUACAUUGAAGAAACAUGUGGACAAGUGUAUAGGUGCAGGGUAAAAACGUCUUCAACACCUCCCGACACGUAUCCAGAAUUUGAUGUCAACCUUGAAAGUGUUCAAAAGGUCACCGAUUAUGAGAAAGUUGAGCCCCAUGCAUUUGUGCAUUUUGUAGAUCCUGAUUCGGUUGACACUAUUGUGGAAAAGGGAGUCACAGGUCAACUCGUAUAUAGAAACAAUAUUUUAAAGGUUAGUUCAGGCCCGGAAAAUCCUUACAGAAUGAAUCAACUUAGGAGGAAAGAAACACCUUAUAGGUUAUCAAAUGUGGGUCUUGAAGUUGGGCUGUUAACUAGCCGGGAUAAUUUCGUUGUUGGUUGGAGAGGGCCUGGUUCCGGGGUUGACUUACUUAUUGACCCAUUUGAUUGUAGCAGUAAGUUUCUUUUCACAGAAGACACUGCUUUCUCGCUAAAGGGGACCAAGGAUUACACGGUGAUAAAGUGUAAUUUCAAGGUCGAAUUUUUGUUGAGGGACAUGAAUGUUGUUAAAGAGUAUGACAAUCACUUGGUUUUGGUUCUUCAGUUGGCAUCCACUCCUUGUAUAUUCUAUAGAACGGCUGAUGAUGAUAUUGCCAUCACCCAUCCAUCUGAGAUGUUGGAUGAUGAUGAUCCAUGGAUCCGGACCACCGAUUUCACCCCUAGCGGUGCCAUUGGGAGAUGCAACACGUAUCGGGUUUCCAUCCGGAUUCGAGAUAUCCCGAAGGUGAAGAAAGCUCUAACGUUUUUCAAAGAGCAUAGUGUUGAGAUCGAGCAUUGUAAAACAAAGCUUAAAGUAGAAGAUGAGCCCUCAUUUGGGAUGCCAAUGCAAGAUCUGUUUUACUGUAUUCAUCAUGAAGAAGACAUACCCUUCAAAGUCUUGUUCUUGGUCAACUCCGUAAUACACAAAUGCAUCAUUAACCAGCACCAGUUCACAGAAAAGGUUUUUGAUCUUCUGAGAAGUCAACCCGAGGAGGUCAGCAUGGCUGCUUUGAAGCACAUUUGUUCUUACCGUCGCCCUUUGUAUGAUGGAUUUACUUGUCUCAAAAAGGUUCAACAGUGGUUGUUAAAGAAUCCAAAACUUCUUGAGAAGCAAGUAGAACAAAAGGAUGUGAUAGAAGUUAGGAGAUUAAUAAUCACACCAAGCAAAGCCUAUUGUCUACCACCAGAGGUCGAGCUAUCAAAUCGGGUCCUUCGGCAUUAUAGAGAAGUGUCAGACCGGUUUUUGCGUGUUACCUUCAUGGAUGAAGGUAUGAAGACCUUAAACAACCAUGUGCUCAAUUUCUACCCGCCGUCUAUCGUUAAAGAUUUUAUACCCCAAAAAACGACGAUGUUUAGACGGGUGAAAAACAUUUUGAGUAACGGGUUCUAUUUGUGUGGUCGAAGAUACUGCUUCUUGGCUUUCUCGGCUAAUCAGUUGCGGGACCGAUCAGCAUGGUUUUUUGCCGAAAAUGCUAAGAUUUCCUGUAAAGAUAUCAUAUCAUGGAUGGGGAAAUUUGACAAUAAAAACGUUGCUAAAUGUGCAGCUAGAAUGGGCCAAUGCUUUUCGUCUACAUAUGCAACUGUUGAGGUCCCAAGACACGAGGUUGAUCUCAAACUUCCAGACGUUGAGAGAAAUGGAUAUGUUUUCUCCGACGGGAUCGGCAAAAUAUCGCCCGAACUUGCCCUUGAAGUUGCUGAAAAGUUGCAAUUGAAAGAUAAUCAGCCAUGUGCAUACCAGAUUAGAUAUGCGGGGUGCAAGGGUGUCAUUGUUUGGUGGCCUGAUAAAAAAGGUGAUAGUAUCAAGCUCUCAUUAAGGCCAAGUAUGAACAAGUUUGAAUCUAAUCAUACGGUUCUUGAAAUAUGCUCUUGGACACGGUUGCAACCCGGGUUUUUAAACAGACAGAUUAUAACAUUACUCUCUGCUUUAAAGGUUAGGGAUGACAUUUUUUGGGAUAUGCAGAUGAUAAUGGUGUGCAGACUGAACCAAAUGUUAGAGGAUACCGCUGUGGCAUAUGAUGUAAUUACAUCUUCCUGUGCUGAAAGCGGCAACACUGCUUCUAUCAUGCUGGGUGCAGGUUUCAAGCCAGAAACUGAGCCGCACCUUCGGGGGAUGCUAAGCAGUAUACGACUCGCACAAUUAGAAGAUCUGCGUGAAAAGUCGAGAAUUUUUGUGCAUGAUGGACGGUGGUUAAUGGGAUGUUUUGAUGAAUUGGGUGUUCUGGAGCAAGGUCAGUGUUUUAUUCAAGUAUCAAACCCUUCAGUUGAGAGUUGCUUUGCUAAACAUGGGACAAGGUUUACUGAAACAAAAAGAAAUUUGACGGUGAUCAAGGGGAAUGUGGUAAUUGCAAAAAACCCGUGUCUUCAUCCUGGUGAUAUUCGGGUUUUGGAGGCUGUGGAUGUGCCAGGUCUUGAACAUCUUUUUGAUUGUUUGAUAUUUCCUCAGAAGGGACACCGCCCUCAUACAGAUGAAGCUUCAGGAAGUGAUCUUGAUGGUGACCUUUAUUUUGUUACAUGGGAUGAAAAUCUUAUACCGCCUAGCAAACAGAGCUGGCCGCCUAUGGAGUAUGCUCCUGCUGAAGCUAAAAAGUUACCCCGCAAUGUGACAGUACCGGACAUCAUAGAUUUUUUCACGAAGAACAUGGUUAAUGACAGUCUUGGUACGAUUUGCAACGCGCAUGUAGUUCAUGCUGAUUCGAGUGAUCUUGGAGCUCUAGACGAAAGAUGCACCAAACUUGCAGAACUAGCAGCUACAGCCGUUGAUUUCCCGAAAACCGGUAAGAUCGUUACUAUGCCACCUCAGCUUAAACCAAAGCUAUACCCGGACUUCAUGGGCAAAGAGAAAUUCCAAAGUUAUAAAUCCGACAAAAUACUCGGGAAACUCUAUCGCCAAAUAAAAGAUUGUUACAACACUGAUGUCACAUCAUCUCCCGAGCUUCAAAUCCAACCGUCAGACAUACUAUAUGAUAAAGAUCUCGAGGUUCAUGAGGCUGGAACCUUUAUAAAUGAUGCUUGGGGGUGUAAGUUGUCAUAUGACCGACAAUUAAAUGGGCUUCUUGGACAGUAUAAGGUGGCCCGAGAAGAAGAAAUUGUCACGGGUCACAUUUCAUCAAUGCCCAAACACGGUAGCAAGAAGCAAGGUGAAAUGAAGGAAAGAAUCAAGCAUGCAUAUAGUGCAUUGAGGAAGGAGUUUAGGAGGGUGUUUGACCAUCUGGGUCCCAAUUUUGAAGAGAUCUCUGAAGAAGAGAGAAACCUGAUGUAUGAAAGAAAGGCAUCAGCUUGGUACCAUGUUACGUAUCAUCCUACUUGGGUAAAGAAAUCAUUGGAUUUGCAAGAACCUGACAGAGACGGCGAAAUGCUAAAUUUGAGUUUUCCAUGGAUUGCUGCGGAUUAUCUUGCUCGAAUUAAGAUCAAGUGUCGAGGAACUGGAGACAGAAAAUCCCAGAAGCCCAUUAAUUCGCUUGGAUGGUACCUUGCUGAUCGGAUGUGAUCGUUUCUUGUUUAAUAUUUGAAGCUUUUGGCUGCAUGGCCACUCUGCCAAUUCUUGAGGUUUUAUCUCAUUAUGUAUCAUGACUAAGACAUAUAACAUAUGCUCUGUAAACUAAAGUGCCAUUGGUAUGAUAGAGCUGGUUAUUUUCUUUAAACACUUCUUUUGGAACUAAACUAAGCAUUUAGUUCCCAGCUUCUAAUUUGGAAUUUUUGUGUUUGUUGA